GGACACUGGUGUAGUAGUACAUGCCGGGAGGGGGAGGCAGAAGAAGGUGUGAUCUAAGGAAAGGAAGUGCCGGGCAUGGAAUGAUCCCAGGGGACGGAUAGGAGCCUGGGAGUUAUUUCACAGAUCGUAACGAGAAGUGUGUGUGUGGGGAGAUCCUCUGCCAAUAGGGGCACAGAGUGGGGGGCCUGCAUGUAGCACAAUACAGUCCCGCAAGGGUUCUGUCUUAUAAAGGUUUGGCUUGUAGAGUUUAGUUAAAGGGGUUUUGCAGGGACCCCAUCUAAUUUAGGGUGCUCCUACAUAAUGAUCUAGGGGGGCUGAGAGGCCAGGCUGCUGCUUCAUUCACUGGAUACAUAAGAGGGGACAUCCCAUGGCUGCUACCUACCCAUCUCACCCCUUCUCUAUAGGGAUCUGCCUGGUAGCCAUCUGCACUCUCAUCCAGGGAAUAGAACAGACAUCCUUCCUGUCUUCCUACAAUAUAAUUAUACCUCAGAAAGUAGCCCGGGCCAGAAGAGAUACAGAUGGCUCCUCUGGAGAGAAUUCACUUUCUUAUGCCAUCGAGGUAGAAGGCAAGAAACACGUUCUACAUUUGGAGAAGAACAGAGACUUCAUUGCCAGUGACUUUGCAGUCUAUACAUAUGCAGCAAAUGGAAGUAUAGUAUCAAGCCAGCUUCAAGAUAAGGAGCACUGUCAUUAUCAGGGCUAUGCAGAGGGGGUCCCAGGAUCUGUGGCGGCCAUCAGCACCUGCUCCGGCUUACGGGGCAUGUUGCACCUACAGAACUCGAGCUAUGGAAUUGAACCCUUGGACUCCUCAGACAAGUUCCAGCAUCUGAUCUAUCGUCUAGAGGAUGUCAAGAGUGAGCCAAUGGUGUGCGGGGUGACAGCCGCUGACAAAGAGCCAGAGACUGACAUAAACCCACUCAGUAUGACUCAGCUCCUGCGGAGGAAGAGGGCCGUUCUCCACCAGACAAGAUACGUGGAGCUCUUCUUAGUUGUGGACAAGGAACGGUUUGACAUGCUCGGCAGGAAUGAAACGGCUGUGAGGGCGGAGAUGGUGCAACUGUCAAAUUAUCUGGACAGUAUGUAUACAAUGCUGAACAUUCGGAUUGUCCUGGUCGGCCUGAUGAUCUGGACAGAUGGCAAUAAGAUCGGCAUUGAUGGGACAGCAGGGGAUGUCCUGGGGCGCUUUGUACAGUGGCGUGAAACUAGCUUGGUCUCCCUGCGUAGACAUGACAGCGCCCAGCUUGUCCUGAAGAAAGGCUUUGGUGGCACAGCGGGCAUGGCGUUUGUGGGCACAGUAUGCUCUAGAAGUCACGCCGGUGGUAUCAAUGUGUUCUCUCACUACAAUGUCCAGUCCUUUGCUUCCAUUGUUGCCCAUGAACUGGGACACAACCUCGGAAUGAACCACGACGACGGGCGAAACUGCUUGUGUUCAGUGGAUACCUGCAUCAUGAACUCUGGUGCCACGGGCUCCAAAAACUUCAGCAGCUGCAGUGAGGAAGACUUUGAGAAGCUGACACUCAGCAAGGGCGGGACUUGCCUUCUGAAUAUGCCUAAACCCGAUGAGGCUUACAGCGCCCCCUUCUGUGGAAACAAACUUGUGGAUAUAGGGGAGGAGUGUGACUGUGGGAGCCCCAAGGAAUGUGAGAAGGAUCCAUGCUGUGAGCCUGGCACGUGCAAGCUGCGCUCUGGAGCCCAGUGUGCCUACGGAACCUGCUGCCAAAACUGCCGGUUCUCCUCUGGUGGUACAGUCUGCAGGGCAGUGGCCAAUGAAUGUGACCUCCCAGAGUACUGCAAUGGCUCCUCCCCUUUCUGCCAGCCAGAUGUCUACAUCCAGAAUGGGCACCCGUGCCAGAACAGUAAAGCCUACUGCUACAAUGGCAUGUGUCAGUAUUAUGAUGCCCAGUGCCAGGCUAUCUUUGGAUCAAAGGCCAAAUCCGCUCCUCCAGUUUGCUACCAAGAAGUAAACUCCAAAGGGGACCGAUUUGGGAACUGUGGGUUCCAAGGUUCCGAUUACAGAAAAUGUGAUACCAGGAAUGCUCGCUGUGGGAAGCUGCAGUGUGAGAAUGUGGAGACCAUGCCUGUGUUUGGGAUUCGGCCUUCCUACAUUCAAACGCCUAUCCACGGCACCACUACCAUUUGCUGGGGAGUGGAUUUCCAGCUCGGCUCUGAUGUCCCCGAUCCUGCCAUGGUGAACGAAGGCACCAAGUGUGACGAGGGCAAGAUCUGCAGUAAAUUCCAGUGCGUUGAUGCAUCUGUUCUUCAGUAUGACUGCGAUGUGCAGAAGAAGUGUGGAGGAAAUGGGGUUUGCAACACUAAUAAGAACUGUCAUUGUAACGAGGGCUGGGCCUUCCCUAACUGCCAAACGAAAGGCUAUGGGGGCAGCAUUGACAGCGGGCCCACAUAUAAUGAUAAAGACACAUCUCUCAGGGAUGGACUACUGGUUUUCUUCUUCCUUAUUGUGCCUCUUUUGGCUCUCGGAGCCUUUGUAUUCUUCAGGAGGAAUGAGCUGAAACGAAGGUUCUGCAGGAAAAAACGCUCACAAGCCCACGAAGUUGACAAUAAAAAUCAAACAGGAGGAGAGAGGCAAGCAUCAGGGCCACCAAGGAAUACAGCUGCACCUGGAAGGGGUGUUCCAAACCCAGGUCCGCCCAGGAAUGCCCACAAUGUUCCACCCAACCGAGGGACACAACCAACUGGCCUGCCAAGGAACAUGCCAAACCCAGCACAAAAUCAGGGCCCUUCUGGCCCCCCUAGAAAUGUGCCACCUGCUGGACCUUAUAGAAGUACGCCAGCUACUUCACCCCCUCACAGCACUCCCUAUCAACCGAAUAACUUUGCUGUUCCAACAUAUACGGUGAAACAGCCUCAGCAUACGCCAUCUAGGCCACCUCUGCCUCACCAAAGAGAAGCAGCUGCCAAUAUAACACCGUCUCGCCCAGCCCCUGCCCCGCCACUAUAGCUACUCAAACACAGUGUCCCUUCCCCCACAUAGAAUUCUCUCUGGGACGUUUAUGAUGACUGGGUACAGCGGUGUUUCUGUAGAGAAGCAUUGGAUAUAAUACCUUUAAAAAAGGUGCAACAGACACCAUGGUCACAUGUGAAUCCGAGAAGCUUGUCGAUCCUCCCCUGGGUAUUUGAUCGCUACCGCCAGAUAAUCAUGAGCCGCUGUGGGGACUAAUGGAUGGCAAGAUUCCUGCACAGAAAUAUGUGGUAUUUUUCAGACUGCUGUAUGCGUGAAUGUACCCUUAAUACCCUUCAGUGGGACCCCACUACUCCUCAGCACUCCAAUACACAAUUUCUUUUUCGGUGGGGACGAAGAUGCUUUGUUUGAGCACAUUUUAACAUUAACACACACGCCUGCGACAGGUUCCGUUACAUGUUAUACUGCAUGCUCGCCUUCCCAGGAUGCCAUCUGUCCUGGCACCUAAUGGACAGGAGGGUGCCACCAACUUCUACUGUUUGCCAAUUUCCUUUAUAGUCCCUGCUGCUGAAGCACUGAAAGCCCAGGCUGAUCCACUGAGCCACUUAGUUGCUGUGACCGAAAGCGGAAAGGUUCCGGGAGGCAGCGGCACGAGAAGCUUGCGCUAUGAAACACAUAAUGUACAUUGAAUGCGGUAUAUAAUGUUCCGCUGGGUUAGGGCACUGUUACCUGCCCAGCAGAGAAUGGUACCAGUGGUUUAGCUGGAUAGAGAACAAUGUUUAGGAUGGAUUCCUCCUGCAGGUACUAGCCUCCUUGCGUCACGCAGACAUGUGCUCAUAUUCCCGAAAACUGCAAGAAAGCAAGUUUUGGUAAAUCAGAUUUAUUUAUUAUAGCCCUGCUCCUUACCCUUGGGUCCCCAGCUGUUUCUGCACUAUAACUUCCAGCUCCCAGUAACGAUAUAAGGCAUGCUGGGAUUUGUAGUCUCGCUAGUGACCCAAGGUUAAGAAGCAGAGGCCUAAAGACUGGGUGAAUUAUUAUUUCUAUACCAACAAAACCAAGUGAGUGCCAGUUGCUUUAAAGGAAAACUAUACCUCCAAACAAUUUAGGUCUCUAUAAGAAUAUAUAUUGCAUAAACAGCUCAUAUAUUAAACCCUGCUUCAUCUAAAUGAACAUUUUCAUAAAAAUAUACAUUUUUAGUAGUAUGUGCUAUUGGGUAAUCCUAAAUAGGAAAUUGCCAUUUUAAGAAUUAAGGGGCCGCCUUCUGGGACCAUAGGUUUCACAGUGCACACAAACAAGCCAAGGCACACAUACAUGCUAUGCCCCAUCAGCCAAUGAAUGGACAGAGUUCUGCCUUUUGCUCCCACACUACUUCCUGUUACAGUUAGAGCUGCAUUAUUUCCUGUCAGCUGAUCUCUGAGGGAGCACACAGCCCAUCACUAAAUGGCGGCUCAAGGGAAAGGGCAGUAUUUAAUGAUAUGUAUAUAUAUUCCAGUUUGAUGAGAUUUUUAAUAGGUCACUUAACAAAAUAUAAACUAUCUGUUGGUUAAGUAUUCAUUCUGGGGGUAUAGUUCUCCUUUAAGCUGUAGUGCAAUGUUUUAGCCACAACUGGUAUAUACCACUCCUGAUUGGGUCCCCUAAUUUGCCCCUGGUUCUGGCACUGGGCAGUGAAUAACAGAUGCAAGUUUUUCUGAAGUUCUGCUACCCAUAGCAACCAAUCAGCAUGCAGCAUUUACUGGUCUGCUGUUUAACGUAAUGUGAUUGGAUGCAGUGCGUUAUUAGAACUGGGAGCAAAUGUUGUGCCUUAAUUACAUUAGCCCAUACUACAAGUUACUGGCCAAGGAGGCAUUGAGCUUCAAUGCUUGGUCAGAUGGUAUUUUCAUUGCACAGUGAGCCCCACUCUUAAAGCAAUCUCUCCUUAGAUAUUCCUUAUUACCAAUAUAGUUUUUGUUUGCUGGGCGCAGAUAUUGUGUGUAUCCUAUGAAAGGUAAGCUGUGUCUGAAAUGAAAGAUUUUAUUAAUCUAAAGAUACAGCUCCCAGAAUUCUUUGCUAGCCGUGCAAAGCCUUAUGAUUAUAGGUCAACAUGAGUUCAAUAAAUAGGCUUUGUCUAUUGUUUUAACUAAGAACAUGCAUGUUUUAUGGGCAAAUAGAGAAACCACUCCAUUAUGUUUCCAACUUCCUGGUUCUUGUGAGGUAGAUCAUUAUUUUGCCCUCAUUCACAAAACCCCCUGUGUUUUAUUACAACAGGGUGAAAGGAGUGGUUGUUUAUACAGAGCUCAUUAUCUUUGUUUGAUGUAACCAAACUAAUUACAGACAAGCUCGUAAGUGUAAAAGCAAAACUAUUCUGUUACUGCUUUAUAAUUUUAAAAAGGGUAGUUUUGUUUUGUAACUAAAAGCAUCAGCAGAUGUUAAAUAUGAUUGAAUUAACUUUUUUUUAAUAACUGAAUUGAUCUUAACUGGAUAGCAAAGGAUUCUGGGAAGGCAAAGCAUUAUUCUAGAUCAUGGAUAGGCAAUCUUUGGUGCUCCAAGACAGCAUCACCCAGCAUACCUGAAUCAGUAGAGCUGUGAGAGGAAUGCUGGGAAUUGUGUAGUAUGUGGGGUGCCAAAGCAUGCCUAUCCCUGGGACAAACCAUUAUCGUAAAUGAGGUGAGCUCAUUCAUGUGGUAGGGACAAUUUCAUGAGUUUGUUUGGAAGAUACCACUAUGGAUUUUGUUAUAUAAAAUCCUUAAUUCUGAUAAACGGACUGCAAAUUUUCUUUUCUUUUUUCUGUCUUCCCAUAAUCCACCUUUUUCUUGUAUCGCCCCCUGUUCACUGCCUACGAAUGAUCUGAUUGAUUGUUAUUCCUGCAAUGAUAUUGUACUUGAAAUUGUGCAUCAUAGAGACAUCAAGAAUGUACAUAUGAACAUAUUCACUUUAACUUCCUUAGCCGAGUAAAUUUCAUUUUAAUAGUGA